GACUGACGGACCAUUGAUGGAUAAGCUUUUCCUGGAGGUUUUUUUUAAACAUUUUAGCCCUUGAUGAACUCUUAAAAACAUAAAGUCGUUAAAGCUCUUAAGUAUUUGAUGAGCUCUUAACCGGUGAAUGUUAUGUGUGUGAACUUCCUUGAGUUAAUUGUUGAAUGAGUGCCAAAAAUUGGUUUUUUAAAAGUAAAAAGAGUUUAUAAAGUGUUGAGAUUUCCUUAUCUAAUCUUUUAAAUCGAAUGGCCUUGGGAUCGGAAAAUUUAUUCAGUGCAGAUUUUUUCAAGUUUACUUUUUAUCUUGAUCUUGUUGUGAUGGCCGCCUGGCGCCGGUAGGUUUCGUCUGACCGAUUCCAAAAGAAAACGCGCCGCUUCUGCUCAGCAGACCGGAAACGAACAUCUUUGGACGGGGUGACCCCGGACAGGGAGAUUGUCUGGAGUUUCUGUUCGUUGCUGACCACAAAGAAGAUUUUAAUUUGUUGGUGAAGAUGCUUUUUUCUCAGUGAUUUAUUUUAAAACCGAUGCGCAAAAGUGAUUCAUCACACGAUCGCACAAGUGACUCAUCUGUGUCAAAAAAUAUUCGGCGAACAUAAAUUUCCGGAAAAGGGCAGCUAAAUCUAUUUGAUCCAGUUUUUUGUCAAUUGUGCACAGAAAAAAAAUAAAAUGGUGGAUUAACUUCCACAUCCGAUGGAGCUAAUUAGAAACGGCUGCGUGAUCAUCAACGAUUCGGAGCGAGCAUCUUCCUCGAUCUGCAAAGGAGCCGAGAAGUGAAUUGAAUUGAAUGCCCAAAUCUGACCAUGAAAAACCCAUGACCAAUUAAAAAUCCAAAACGGCAGUCCAUUGAUCGACGUUUAGUGCAAAAAAUGGAACUAAACCAUCAAAUGUGAUCAUCAUUAGUGAGUAACUAAAACGAAUGAAAAAAAAGGGAAAAAGAGAGGGUAAAAUCGACUAAACUUUAACAAUAGAACGUUCUACCAUAUAUCUAGUUAGAUGGGCAUCGACCAGUACGCAUCAGUACUAAGCAGCGUGAUUAUCCGUAACUGUUCGCUUUUCUCCGCUCUUCCGUGCGUAUCGUUGUGACGAAACAGAAACAACAACAAUGAGGAAGUAGUGUUCCAGAAUAGAAAAUUUAUUCCGGCCUAGGUGAUCACUACCAGGAGGGGGGAAACAGACAGCAACUCAAUUGACACCCAACAGGUUGUGACAAAAGAGUUAAGCAAAGCGAGAAGGAAAGAACCUUUUCAACAGCUACGAUGAACCAGAUUUUUGUCUCCGUGACCAAACGAGGUUGUCCAAAUCAGUGCUGAUAAAAUCAAACAUGAAAUUCUUAAGGGUGACUAUUCCGCUGCUAUUGGUCUGGUUGACGCUAAGAAUUCUAGUCAAGGCUCAGAUCCAGGAUGUUACGAUCGUACUGAGCCAGGGGACGAUCGUUGGACUCAAAGUUUUCCCUGAAACUUCGAGGAUUCCUGUAUUCACCUAUCUUGGUAUUCCGUAUGCAAAACCACCUGUAGACGAUCUUAGGUUUGCUCCGCCUGUUCCGAGUCCUGGAUGGAAUCGAACCCUGUACGCGAGAGAUUUCAAACCGAUCUGCCCGCAGUUAGAAAACAACAGCUACGACGAUGUAGAUCCAUUGCAGUACAAAUUCCGCGAAACAAGCGAAGACUGUUUGUACCUGAACAUCUGGAUGCCCGAAACGGCCAUCCGAUAUGGAGGGUUCCCAAUAUUGGUCAUCCUCACCGGUGAAGAAAUGGCUUUCGAUUGGUCCGUUAAUCGAGCCACUGGCUUAGAUUUAGCAUCCGAUGGUAUUAUUGUGGUAACUGUUCAGUAUAGAUCCAACAUAUUCGGGUGGUUAUCUCUGGGGAAGAAAUACGCUCCUGGUAACCUAGGUCUUCUGGAUCAACAAUUGGCACUUGUCUGGAUCAAAGACAAUAUUCAAAAAUUCGGCGGUGACACCAAUCGGAUAACUCUUCUAGGCCAUGGAACUACUGCAGGCCCUAACGUCAUGACCCAUAUGGUCAGUCCCAAAGCCCGAGGACUGUUCUCAAAAACCAUAAUAAUGUCGGGAACGAUUUUCUCGCCUUAUACCCGCAUCAAUACCGAUCGCUCCUUAUCGGAAAAGCUAGUUCAAAUACUAGCCUGCAACUAUGACGUUGGACGAAACGUCCUGAAGUGUCUCCAGCAAAAGAGCGUCCACGACGUGCUGAAAGCCUUCGAAUACGUCUACAGCAACGGUAACUACACGAUUCCUCUUGGACCAAUUGUAGACGACUAUCUAGAACCUGCCGAUCGAUAUGUCCCUGAUGACCCAAGGGCUCUCUUCUCAUCGAAGUCGUUUAUCAUCGAAGAUAUGCCCGUGAUGUUCGGAAUUACCAGUAACGAAGGCUCUUUUAUGCUUAAUAAAUGGGUAGAUUUCGCUAGACAAGGUCCAGACUAUCUAAAGGCCUACAUCAACGACUCACUGAUCCCAAACAUUAUGAAGCAGUAUGACUUCGGUGGCGUUGGACAACAACAGAUCCGUGAAACCAUCGGUUGGAGAUUUUUCGAUCAAAUCCCGGAGUCAACUCCGCACCUUCUUAAUGCAAUCAUCAAACUGACAACGGAAACCAGAUACGAAAUCCCGUUCUACAAAACUCUCGAGGUUAUCACUUCAACAACAGAUGUCCAAACCACUCCCGAUAACUCGAUCGACCUCACAAAGUACGACCUCCCAGAGCAUCGAUCUAACGUUCAAGCCUUAAGUUCCGGAGGCGGUGCCGGCAACCUGUACGUGUACCUUUUCCACCAUUCCAAUUCAAUGGAUAUGCGUGGGCGGGUCAACUAUUUCGGUGGGGCGUCGCAUUCUUCAGAUCUGCCCUUUCUGAUGGGGCCCAGCCUGUUUCAGGAAAUAGGAAGGAAGCGAUUUUCCCAAUCGGAGGAUAAACUGUGCCGGAAGAUACGAGGGCUGUUCAGCGAGUUUGUGAAGGCGGGAGAUCCAACGCCUGGGCGCAAAGCGGAUGCUUGGACACCUUACAAUGACUCCGUACGUUACAUCAAGCUCAUAUCAACACGUGGUGCAGCGCAAGAAAAUAUCUUCCAAAAUGACAAACACAGUCUGGAGCACACGUUCGAAGAGAACAUUCGCGCCAUCGAAGAUAAACUGUUGAACGCCAACAACAAUCAGGAAACCGGUGGGUCUAAUCAGCAGGAAAAUCCAUAUCUUUUGGGUCGUAACAAUCUGGACGAUCAGGAAAGUUCCCGAUCAUCAAAAAGUGCCACCUUUGUGGACAAUACCCGGGAUUCAGAGUACUUUUCCUAUUUGAAGCGUAUCGACAGCUUUUGGUAUCGGUUUCUGCCAAAGCUGGGCCAAAUUAUGAAUCAAACUGAUCAGGAACGGUUGCGAAACCGAAGGAUAGAUCUCAGCCAAGAGGAAGAGCUCGAGCUGUAUCGGGAAUCUUCGUCGGAAGCAGCCCGCUAUAAACAUGCUUUCUUCUCGAUGCUCACCUUGGUUUGCAUGUUGCUGGCCGUGCUGUGCAUUUGUAUCUAUGUUUUGAAGAAAAACACCAACAAGAGCUUCACCAGCAUAUUAUGACAUAAGUUCU